AUGUUAACCAAACUGCUAUACUGUAUCUCCGAUGGGCUACCACGGCGGUUCAACACUACCAUACCCAUUUCUUCUCCACCAAAGAUCCCGAAUUCGUCGACAGCGUUCAGUCUCAACAGACACAAGAUGGAAUGCUAUUAUCCGAGUCCGGCCCUGCCGGUCGUCCCUAAAUGUCGCCUACUACCUUUGGAACUUCUAAAACAGAAGGCCUAUGCAAUCGGACGCCAUGUCGAGAUUUACGUCAAAUGUGACCGGUGCGACAGAAGCAUAAUAGCACCCGUGUCAUGCAAUUGGGUCCUUAGGAUGAGCGAGGACAAGGUCUGGUUUCCGGGGCCGGUGACGACCAUGAUCCGAGUCUCCCCUCAGCUGUGUCCCGGAUACAACGACGGUAGCUGCAUCGCCAUGAGAACCCCCGAGUACAUUCUGACCUGGGUGAAACUGAAAUCGAUUCCCGGCGUACUCAAGACGGACAAGGAAUGGUUAGAGCUUCGAUACCCGCCAGCGGAGGGAUAUUCCGCACCGCCCCAAUGGCAGGACAGACUGAAGCGUGCAACAAAGUUGAUGCCCAAUUUAACGCCCCCCUAUACCCGCUACCUCUGCUGGAGGUUCGCCUGGCAUCUCUUCUGGCACCACAAAGGCAUGAGGCACAAGGACGCCCCCCUCGAGAGGAUGUGGGGCAACGUCGCGGCGGACGUCCUGCUGUGGCAUUUCCAGCUUCUCGGGGAUGCGGACCUCGAAGCCUUGUAUUGCACGAGUGUAAGGAGCCUCGUCGGGUUGCUCGUUUGUCAAUGGGACUGCGGCAUCACCAUUCUCGAGAUGUUCUAUGCCGUAAGACGAGACCUCGACAAGCCCUGCUUCAACCCGCUCAAGUCGGCCGUCCAGCGGGCCGACACGGCCAUGCGCAAGUACAUCACGGCCCAUGUCGCUAGAGUCGGCCACAAAGAGCAAGAAUAUCGACGGUGGAUGGUUAGCGAUGCCUUUCUGGCCAUUGAAGACAGAUUGCGAGAGCAUAUGGGCGAAGAAGAGCAUUUGUUUCUUACCGAGCGGUGGUCCCCCCCUUUGCCACUCCUGGGCGAGGAUUUCGGACUCUUCUCAUAG